AUGGCCUUCCUCGUUGGUCUUCGAUCUCCUGGUUCUUUCUUUGGGUUUGUGCUCGGGGUGAUCAAGGGGGAUCCUGGUGAUUCUACCCACCCUUGGCGAACUCGGGGAGAGCAGGGGCGGGGUCAGGGGAGAUCGACGGAGAUGUCAGCUUCAGCAGCGACUGGGAAGGGGAAAGAGGGGGUGGAGAAUAUGAUGGAGAGGAUGAAUCUGAUAGACAGAGAAAGUGCAAAAUUGGUGGUGGAUGAUCAGCAUGGAAAUCAAGGUGAACCAAUAGUGGCGGUGGUAGGUAAGGUGCUGCACAGGAGGGUACUUCAUGUAAACACCAUUGCUGAAGCUUUGAGGCCUGCAUGGGGCAACUCAAGGGGACUCUCGUUCAGCUCUGCAGGAGAUAAUAUGUUUGUGGCAAGGUUUGAAGGGAAGAGGGAUUGGGACAGGAUCUUCGAGGGAGGACCAUGGAUGGUGGGCAAGCAUGCGGUAGUGCUUCAGAUCUUCUAUGAGAGUCAAAUGCCCUCCGAUCUGAAAUUUGAGAUGAUACAGAUCUGGGCUAGAGUUAUCAAUCUGCCCUUCAACUUGAGGCGAUCCCCAUGGCCACAGAAGAUAGCUCAACUGUUGGGGAAAGUCAUGAGGGUUGAUGUGGAUUCGAAAGGUUUUGCAUAUGGGAAAGCAUUGAGGACACGUGUAUGGAUAAAUGUGAAGGAACCAUUAAUGAGAUACGUUCUGUCCAACACCGGCAGGUCGUGA